UUUGCCUUCCCGUGCUCUUAUUGACUUAUCGCUCAACGGAUUCUAAUACCUCUUACAUCGAAAUCAACAUGUCCGACCAGUAUUACAGCUACCCUACCUACGGUACCAACCAACAAGGCAAUCGUUGGUUCGCUGGCGAUUAUAACCCUUCCGCCCCCAACCCAAACGCUUAUAGGUACGACAACAAGGACGGAAGUUCGUUCGACAAGUACCCCGACGGCUCGAAACGUUGGGACAAUGGCGAAGGCUAUGAAAAGUACACUCCUGCUCCCUCGCAAGAUCCGUCUGCUGCGAACCAACAAGGCCAGUAAUUCAUGGAAUUGUCGACCCUUCCUCGAUGACGACGAGUGCGAUCCAAGAGGAAGGUAGAGAAGGACCGAGAGGGGGGUAGAGAGGAAAGGCAGUCGCUCCGGGGUGA